AUGAGUAAAAAGGGUAACAUUCGCCUUCAGCCGCUCUCUAAUGAUCCAGAAGGCGCCCCAGGCUCAUCGCUCCAGCAGAUAAAGGUGCAACAGAAAGCUCGCGAGGAUAAUGAAAAGAUACGACUGAAGCGUGUGAAGGGUGCUAUCGUACUUAUUUCACAAUUUCUUCUGGACCAGGGAUACGUGGGUUCGCUGCAGAUGCUUCAGCAGGAAAGCGGUUUGUCGCUUCAAAAGUUCUCACCAGCCGAUAAUAUAGAUCUCCUCUCCAUUAUUAUGGAAUAUGAGCAGUAUUUUGAAUUCCGUUUCAAUCGCCGCCCCAAACUGUUUCGAGCCAAUGAAGGGGUGGAAGAGGGUUGUGUAGAUGUUCCAUCCGGUGGCGAACGCAUGGCCGUGCGACGGCGAGGUAAUGAGCAACUCGGUGGAAGGCCGAAGCCGCAACCUCUCAGAGCAAAUGGUGGGCCCAUAACUUAUGGCAAUGCCGCCUCUGUGGGUGAAGCACCUCAAAGCACUGCGCAAGAGUUAAAGCGACCAGGUCCUGGUGCACAGUGUCUCGCCCGUGGUUUGGUAUUGGCUCAUAAGGCAUCUCCUCCAUUGGGUCCAUCGCCAAGUUCACCACCGGGGUCUAAUGCGAGGCGGCCGGUAGUAACGGAGUGUCCUUUCGGGUUGGCGGGCAUGCGUGUGGAGGCGGCACCGGAGUUUAGUGGGGAUGCGGCUGCAUGUAGGUCUGACGAUGAUGGUUUCUUCGGUCGAGCGCUGAAGCCGCUGCCGCGGUUUCCAACGGUGGAACUACAGGAACUUGCCAUGACAAUACAACGUGACAUCCUCGACAGUAACCCCAAUGUGCGAUGGGGUAGUAUAGCGGCGCUAGAUGAGGUGAAACGUCUUCUAAAGGAGGCUGUAGUAAUGCCCGUCAAAUAUCCAGAACUGUUUGCGGGUAUUGUGCGCCCAUGGAAAGGUAUUCUUCUUUUCGGACCUCCUGGAACAGGCAAAACACUUCUUGCGAAGGCUGUGGCGACGGAGUGUCGUACCACAUUUUUUAAUAUUUCCGCAUCUAGUGUUGUGUCCAAGUGGCGUGGCGAUAGUGAGAAGUUAGUGCGUUUGUUGUUUGACAUAGCUGUUCAUUAUGCGCCUAGCACUAUAUUUAUAGAUGAGAUCGAUUCCCUCAUGUCAGCGCGCGGCGGUGAAGGGACGCAUGAAGGGUCGAGACGCAUGAAGACAGAGUUGUUGAUACAAAUGGAUGGCUUGUCAAAACGGCGCGGUGGCGAGGUAGUGUUUGUUCUUGCUGCAAGUAACACUCCGUGGGAUCUUGAUAGUGCAAUGUUGCGUCGCUUAGAGAAACGUAUUCUUGUUGGUCUUCCAACGCAUGAAGCACGGGCGACAAUGUUUCGGCAGAUUCUUACUGCAUCGGCGGCAUCGGCAGAUAUUGACUGGAAUGCAUGCGCCGCGGCUACGGAUGGUAUGUCAGGCGCUGAUAUUGAUGUCAUCUGCCGUGAGGCAAUGAUGCGGCCCAUUCGACUCAUGAUUGAGAAGUUAGAGGGUGCCGGGAGUCCAUCCGACCUGAAAUCAGGUGUAGUUCAACGACCAGUGAUCACCAUGCAGGAUAUUAUGGCUAGCGUGGCAUGUACGCAGAGCAGCGUGCAGCAGUCGGAUUUAAGUAAGUUUGAGGCCUGGGCGCGCAAGUAUGGCUCCGGAGCGUCGUCAUAA